GGCAGCAACUUGGGGCUUGGAAGGCCUGCCCUUAUCGGGUUGGCCAACUUGCUUGUGCCUGGAUUGGGGGUGGCCCCGAGGCGGGUGUUCAGGCACCUAGGGGUGUGGGCAGGAUCAAAGGGUAAGAGAUAAGGGCGAGAAGAGGUGGGGCAGAGUUCCCGAGGGCCCCAGCCAGUGGCGGGCGGUGCCACGUUUUACAGCGGGGGAGGCACAGACAAGAGUCGGAGCCUGGCCACAGGUGGCCCAGCCAGCCAGUGCCAGAGCCCCGGCCGCAGAGUCAGGAGGAGCCGUGGACAGAGGACCAUAGUCUGGAAGCCUGGGGGAAGGGGAGUCCUGCGGUGACCCGGAGGCUCAGGCCGCUCAAGGGAAAGGAAAAAAAAACAAAAACGCUUUCCAUUCACCACCGAAGCCUGUCUGCCGAGGUCUCCAGGCUGGGAGGAGGCAAAGGCUCCAUGCCUGCCACUGAGGAGUUCCCCGAGGGUCCGGCGGGCAGACAGAUACCAGCUCCAGUCCUCCAGAUGGAGGGGAAGGGACCGACGCGUUUGCAUGUUCAGAGAUGGGAGACAGCCUUCUGGACAGAGGGAUAUGCGGGAGCCAAGGCUGGGGAGUAAACAGCCCGUGGAGAGAAAAGCAAGAAGGCAGUGUGCAGCUUCGGGAGGGGCUCCGGAAGGGCGGGACGCAGGCCGCCAGGGGACAGCAGCCUGCAGAGGCCUCUGCCUCUGCUCAGCCUUGGGCGGGGGGGGGGCGGGGGGUGCAUUACUUUGGGACGUGAGCACCUGGAUGGCAGGGCUCGGUCCCGUAACCUAGUGUGCCCAGGGCACACCAUAUUGGGUGCUCGGGAGUUCAUUUUCUUUCCAGCAGCAGUUUCUGGAGUCACUGCUGCGUCAGACACCGGGCACUGGGAACCACAGCGAGGGACUUUGUGCAGCUGCCGGUGCCCAUCAUCCAGCAGCUCUACCACUGGGACUGCGGCCUGGCCUGCUCCAGAAUGGUGCUCCGGUACCUGGGCCAGCUGGACGACGCUGAGUUCGAACGGGCCCUGCAGGAGCUGCGGCUCACCAGGAGCAUCUGGACCAUCGACCUGGCCUACCUGAUGCGCCGCUUCGGCGUGCGGCACCGCUUCUGCACCCAGACCCUGGGCGUGGACAAGGGCUACAGGAACCAGUCCUUUUACAGGAAGCACUUUGACACAGAGGAGACCCGGGUGAACCAGCUCUUUGCACAAGCCAAGACCUGCAAGGUGCUGGUGGAGAAGUGCAGGGUGAGCGUGCAGGACAUCCAGGCCCACCUGGCGCAGGGCCACGUGGCCAUCGUGCUGGUGAACUCAGGCGUGCUGCGCUGCGACCUCUGCUCCAGCCCCCCCAAGUACUGCUGCUUCACGCCCAGCGGGCCCCGCUGCUUCUGCCGCUCCCCCGACUACCAGGGCCACUUCAUCGUGCUGCGCGGCUACAGCCGGGCCGCCGGCUGCGUCUUCUACAACAACCCGGCCUACUCCGACCGAAUGUGCAGCGCCAGCAUCAGCAACUUCGAGGAGGCCAGGACCAGCUACGGCACAGACGAGGACAUCCUCUUUGUCUAUGUGGACAGCUGACGGCGGGAGCCCGCUGUGCCCUGCCCUGCCCUGCCCCCAGAAGCCACUCCAGAGGCGCUGGCCCAGGCCCGGGGCUCGGACGAGGCGCCGCGUCCCUGCUGGCUGUUGACGUCGUCCUCCAGGCCCGAGGCUGAGGCCGGCUCCCGCUGCGCUCAGGGGACGUCUGCCCCAACGGGCGCCCUGGUGCCUGCAAGCCAGACUCAGGGCAGGUGGGGGACGCUAGAGCCCAUCUCCCUGCAGACCCGGGACCCAGCCCCAGGAGAACCGCAGGGCUGUUUGUGUGGAGGCCGUAGCCACCCUGGGCCCUGGGGCUGUGUCAGCUCCAGCCUCCCUGGGAUCUGGUCGGAAGGCAGGCGCUCUGGGCCCGCUUCCCCCUUCCCCCACCCCCGCCCCGGGGGGCCCAGUCCCUGCAGCUGGUGGCCAGGCCCCUGGGGAGGGCUGGACCUCAGGCAGAAAGGCCUCAGGCCCCUGUGGCCCUCCUUGGAGCCGACACCUGGGCUGUGGGCGGGACCCUGGCUCCCGUUGGCACCCCGAGGGCCAGGGCCAGUGGCCUGGGCCCCAAAGACGCUCCCUGCCCCCACCACAGCGCCUCCUGCCUCAGUGCGGGCAGCCCCAUGUCUCAGGGUUGGGUGCUGGGGCCCUGGGCCUGCACACCCAGUCGCGGCCGGGGGCGGCCUGUGGCCUCCCCCCAACCCAGUGCUCACACCUGGCCCUCUGCACAGAAGGCCGGGUGGUCUCUGUCAGCAGAGGGAGUGACCCUAACCCAGGAUCGCACAGCGCGGACCCCCGCAUGGACUAGAGUGGCCUCCUGCUCCUUCCUUUUUUAGCCGGAGGAGGGGGGUGUGUGUGUGUGUGUGUGUGUGUGUGUGUGUGUGUGUGAUUUAAGUCUUUUUUUAGCCGGGGAGGGUGUUUUUUUGAGAUUGAAGUUUUCACUUUUGGUGGGGUGAGACUCAACCUCAAGCAAGACAAUAAUAGUGGGGUCACAGGUACUUUGGAACCACGGACACCUCUCUUCACGGGCAGAUAAGCCAGGCCAGGGUCUCUUCCAAAGCCAAGGGGACCCGGGGCCGCAGGCAGGCCGGCCUCGCACCACAGCCAGAACCUGACUCAGGACAGAGGUGGGGCUGCGUCUUGAACCUGGGUCUGCGCCCCUGGAGAAAAAAGGGAAAUGGGCCAUUCCCAAAAGGGGCUGGGACACCUCCUGCCCCUGCCCUGGGUUACCUCUGGCCAGGGGGGCCGGGACGCCCCCGUCAGCCGCAGCACCUACGUCUUGGUCGUCAGUGCCGGAGGCCUGAUGCUGGGGCGGUGGUUGCUGCCGCUUCCCCAGGCUGCAGACCAUCCAGGACCACCCAGCCGUACAGCUCCUUGACCCAACAGCCUUGACCGAGAGGCAGGCGCUUCUGGCCAGGCAGCAGCCCUGGGUUCAAAGGCUACCACUGCCUGCGGGCCUGUCUCGUCCUGUUGCCUUAACCCUGGGUGGCCUGAGACCCCCCCGAGACCUGGUUCCCACGCCCGGGAGGACCACACGUGGCAGCUGCAGGCUGGGUGCCCCGGGAGGGGCCCGGGUGACCCCAGCGAGGGUGGCGGUGUCCAGGGAGACAGCGACAGGAAGGGGCGGCCGCCCUUCGGUGAGGCCCAGUACUCGGGCCGGUGGGGGCUGCCCAGGGAGCAGCCUCCACAGACAGUGUCCACGGUGCCUUCGUCCAACAGAGACACUGUCCCCGGGUCGGAGGAGCGAGCCUCUCGGGGAAAGCUGCAGGUUAGAAGUCACCCGUCUGGAAGGUUCACAGGAGCUGCCUGGUCCCGGGGCCAACGCCACCCACCUAGAGCGGGUCUCAGAGGCAAACCUCUCCCUGAUGUGUCCUGUUCACACACAAAUCAUUAAAAUGGGGCUGGAGACAGCAGGACUCAUCAUGCGGCACCGUGACCCCUUGGCCGCACAUGGAGGGGGUGCCCUGGACCGCUGGCUGUCUCCCCGGCCACCUAGGGGCAAAAGGGAUCUUAUGCAUCACAGGGAUUUUUAUACGUGUUCUCUCGUUUGUAAUGAGCCAUUCUCAAUAAACAUGAUCCUCACUGCAAGA